UCAAUAUUGUAGGUGAGCUUGUGUUUUCGCGCCAUGAAGUCACGUGUCUUGUCCUAGCCAUCAGAAAGCCACUAUCUGUAAGAUUGUGCUACCGAUACAAAUAUUUAACAACAUAUAUCUAUCUGACCGUUCUGCAUCGUUCUUUCCUGACCGUGACAACUAGUAAACCUGCAUUACGGACAACAUCUGGAGUCCUGCGUUCUUCUGCGCAGCUUUGAUUCUCUCCACUGAUUCUAUUUCGAAAGGAGAGGCAGAGAGGUUUCAAAACAGCACUAAUUCAAAGCAGGGUUAGGGUUUAUCCUAUAGAUGUCAGACUAAAGACAGUCCGAGCCACUGACACAGAGAGCGGUUUAGUAAAGUAGGGCUGGACACAGGUGGACUUUCACGUCGUCGGCGUUGUGACAACAACAGACCACCGCAAUGAGCAGCAAGAAUGAACUCAGCUUUGAUCCAAAGGAGCACCAGCACCUGCGCUACAACCCCCUUCGGGACACGUGGGUUCUGGUGUCGGCCCACAGGAUGAAGAGACCCUGGAGUGGCCAGGUGGAGAAGGACAAGGAGGAUCAAGUACCUCAACACGACCCAAACAACCCCCUCUGUCCUGGGAACACCAGGGCCAACGGAGAGGUGAACCCAGACUACAACAACACCUUUGUGUUUGAGAAUGACUUCCCAGCCCUGCAGCCUAAUGCUCCUGACCCAGGAUUUAACCAACAUCCACUGUUCCAGUCCAAAGCAGCCAGGGGCGUCUGCAAGGUGAUGUGCUUCCACCCCUGGUCUGACGUCACCCUGCCUCUCAUGACGCUUCCUGACAUCAUCAAAGUGAUUGACAAGUGGGCGGAACUGAUGGUGGAUCUAGGUUCCACCUACCCCUGGGUCCAGAUCUUUGAGAAUAAAGGAGCCAUGAUGGGCUGUUCCAAUCCCCAUCCUCACUGCCAGGUGUGGGCCAGUAACUUCCUGCCUAAUGAAGCCUCCCUGUCGGACCGGUGUCAGAGAGAAUACCUGAAGACCCACGGAGAACCUCUACUGCUGCAGUACGCUAAGAUGGAGGCAGAGAGACAGGAGCGUGUAGUGGUGCAGAAUGCUGAUUGGCUGGCCGUGGUUCCAUACUGGGCCACCUGGCCGUACCAGACGUUGCUGUUACCCCGGAGACAUGUCCAGAGACUGACUAACCUCACCGCCCAGGAGAGAGAG